AUCACAAUCCUCAGAUCAAACAUAACCGACCAGCACCACUUGUCAGUAAGAAAAAAAAAGACCCACCGCGAAAUGCAGGUCCAUUUCCCAGCAGCGGUGAAUUAAACCGAAAGCGUUUCAUAUAUAGCUUUUUGUGCUCCGUUAAAGGAUUAUAUCACCAUUUCUGCCUCCGGAACAUUUUGUUUUCAUCUCCCUUCGUGUUUUGUAUUAUUUCAAGGAUGUCGGUGGCGGGGUUUAAGAAACAACUGCACAAAGCGAGUCAGUUAUUGAGUGAGAAGAUAAGCGGUGCUGAAGGUACAAAGCUUGAUGAAGACUUUAUGGAAAUGGAGCGGAAAAUAGAAGUCACCAACAAGUCUGUUUUUGAACUAAUAACGAAAACCACAGAAUACCUUCAGCCAAACCCAGCAUCAAGAGCCAAACUGGGAAUGCUCAAUACCGUGUCUAAAAUCAGAGGGCAGGUGAAGACGACGGGUUAUCCGCAGACUGAAGGGCUCUUAGGAGACUGCAUGCUACGAUAUGGACGGGAUCUGGGGGAGGAGUCCACUUUCGGAGCUGCGCUGGUGGACAUUGGUGAAGCUAUGAAGCAGAUGGCUGAUAUUAAAGAUGCCCUUGAUAUCAGUGUGAAACAGAACUUCAUUGACCCACUUCAGACUCUACAAGACAAAGACCUUAAAGAGAUUGUGCAUCAUCUAAAGAAACUGGAGGGUCGACGGUUAGACUUUGACUAUAAGAAGAAACGUCAAGGCAAGAUUCCUGAUGAGGAGAUCAAACAGGCUGUGGAGAAGUUUGAGGAAUCCAAAGAACUCGCUGAGAGGAGCAUGUUCAACUUUUUGGAGAAUGAUGUGGAGCAGGUAAGUCAGUUAUCGGCUCUGAUUGAGGCAGCACUGGAUUACCAUCGUCAGUCCUUGGAGAUCCUGAAGGAGCUCGACAGCAAACUACAGAGCAGGAUAUCUAAUGCAAGCAGUCGGCCCAAAAAAGAGUUCAAGCCAAAGUCGAUCGUGUCCAGUUUGGAGACCGUCGAAAACACACAGCACAAUGGACUUACUCACACCUCAUCAGUCAAAAGCACAGAUAUCCAAGUCAACCACACUGUAAAUGGAAAAAUUGAUGAGUUCACACACACAGCACCCAUGACUCUAUCAUGGCCUGAAAGUCCCAGUGGUGAUAGCAAACAGGUCGAGUCACACUUGGACCAGCCAUGCUGUCGAUCGCUCUAUGACUUCGAGCCGGAGAACGAGGGUGAGCUGGGCUUUAAAGAGGGCGACAUCAUCAUCCUCACCAAUCAGAUCGAUGAGAACUGGUAUGAAGGCAUGAUUAACGGCGAAUCGGGCUUCUUCCCCAUAAACUACGUCGAGGUCCUAGUGCCCCUGCCUCAAUGAGCCGGGCCAACAGCCACGCCAAACCAGACUGUCUGAACCGUCCACUCACCCAACAUCCUCUGCUGCAUUCUCACCAAUGAAAGCCUUGCGUUCGACCACAGACAGUUUUGAACCUUUUACAUUUCAGUAUUUAUUUAUCUUAUGACGUUUUUCAGGCCUCAUGGUGCAACAUCUAGAUUUUUACACUGCAAAAAUAAUUUUUAAUCAGCGUUUUUGCAUUGUUGUCCAGUAUAAUAUCUAAAAAUCUUUAAAACAAGACACAUUUAUUUUGAAAAAAUAAAACUGCAUAAUUUUGUAUGCAUAAACCUCAUUACAUUUAGUUAGAUUUAUACUUCAAGUGUAAGAAAAAUGACAAAAAAACCUUGAAACGUUUUGCUUCUCAAGUAGUA